AUGCCAUCCCUCCCAGCAACAACGGUUGUGCUUUCAUUGUUCCAUGCUACUCAGACCUGUAUUGGUGUCUACACGGGUUUAUUUUCUGCCAUUGCCAUCUACAAUCUUAAGCAACGAGAAGAACAAACCGAGCAAGCGGCAAGAUACUCGAGGACGGCAGCUCAACAGCUACAUAAAACCAGAACAACGCAGACAAGCGGAGCACUUGCGACAAUCUCCUCUGUCCUGUGCUCUAUCAUCCUUGCCAUCGGUCCAACGGGGGGUAAAAAGCUGCCAUUGUUCCUGAGCAUAGCCAAUGCUGGCGGCAUCAUAUUGGCUUACCGACAUAUCGCGGAUUUCUGGCGCCACAAAGUCAAAGUCCCAUUCUUCCAGGACUACAACGAGGGAAUUAGAGCCUCGAACCAAAUGCUACAAGCAUUUCAAAUUCUGUCUGGCACCUGGAUCUUCGCGGUUGUGUUGUACCUUUGGCCAGGCUUGACAUUGUGA